AUGGGUGUCUCCUCAUCCAGACAUCAAGUUGCGGACAUAGCAGCCUCAUCCAGACAUCAAGUUGCGGACAUAGCAGCCUCAUCCACACAUCAAGUUGCGGACAUAGCAGCCUCAUCCAGACAUCAAGUUGCGGACAUAGCAGCCUCAUCCAGACAUCAAGUUGCGGACAUAGCAGCCUCAUCCAGACAUCAAGUUGCGGACAUAGCAGCCUCAUCCAGACAUCAAGUUGCGGACAUAGCAACCUCAUCCAGACAUCAAGUUGCGGACAUAGCAGCCUCAUCCAGACAUCAAGUUGCGGACAUAGCAGCCUCAUCCAGACAUCAAGUUGCGGACAUAGCAGCCUCAUCCAGACAUCAAGUUGCGGACAUAGCAGCCUCAUCCAGACAUCAAGUUGCGGACAUAGCAGCCUCAUCCAGACAUCAAGUUGCGGACAUAGCAGCCUCAUCCAGACAUCAAGUUGCGGACAUAGCAGCCUCAUCCAGACAUCAAGUUGCGGACAUAGCAGCCUCAUCCACACAUCAAGUUGCGGACAUAGCAGCCUCAUCCACACAUCAAGUUGCGGACAUAGCAGCCUCAUCCACACAUCAAGUUGCGGACAUAGCAGCCUCAUCCAGACAUCAAGUUGCGGACAUAGCAGCCUCAUCCACACAUCAAGUUGCGGACAUAGCAGCCUCAUCCACACAUCAAGUUGCGGACAUAGCAGCCUCAUCCACACAUCAAGUUGCGGACAUAGCAGCCUCAUCCACACAUCAAGUUGCGGACAUAGCAGCCUCAUCCAGACAUCAAGUUGCGGACAUAGCAGCCUCAUCCAGCUCUAAUAUUAACGGAGUUAACAGCCUCGUCAUCUAUGGUGCUAUCCUAAACUUCACGAAGGGUUACAGAUGCUUACAUCAAGAGCUAACUCUUUAUUAA